AUGCCCAAAAAGCGCCAGCAGUUUCACGCAAAGCCAGCCAACUCAGCACAUCAUAGCCUUGCGCUAUCCGGGUCUCGUCAUCAUGGCAGGUCUGGCGUACAGGGCUCCGCGUCAGCGACGUCAGUCAACGACUUAAUCAGUCACCUCCGCCGUACACAGACGCCUAGCACACCCGAUGAUGAUCCCUCAAGCUCUCAACGUCCGCAGCGCUCAUUUGUUGUCGCACGUUCAGUCCAUCCUUCUCUUCGAGAUGUACUCGAGCUCCCUGCAACUCCACCGCCGCGACCUCGCCCCGGCGCUCGUCGCACGGUAUUCGGGGUUCGACCAUCUCGACCAACUGUCGGGCCUCCGGCGCCUGCAAGCUGGCUCUCCGGAAAUAUGGAUUUUAUGGGAGAUAACGGAUUGCAGGACCGGAUGUCGGGAGUCUUGGAAGAGGAAAUACACCGGCUAACCCGCCUUCACGGGCCGCGGUUUCCGGACCAGAGGAGCCUGGUACAUCUGAUGCUGAAAUCUAUGGCUUUGAACUGGAGUUGGCAUAUUGAGUACGAUGGGCCCUUUCUGUCCCAUCUUCCAAAUCAUAUCAAGGAAUUGCUUUUGAGUUAUGUUGCUGUCUACGCAAGAGGCUCGCCUCUCGGAGGGCACGUGAAGGGGCUGAGACCACUCUUUUUGACCAGACAGGAUCAGGAUCAAAUUGGCGAGGAGAACCCGGAUUUCAAUGAGUCAAGAGUCGCUGACGCGGACUCCAAAAUCGCGAGAUUGGAUCUGGGAAAUGCUCUAGGAAACUGGAUAACUUUGAAGCAGCUCACAAACGAGAUGAUCCUCUCGCCAGAUUUAGCUGUGGGUAUUUCAGGUCACGAAAUAGGGGAGGAUGUCCCAACUUCAUGGGAUGAAUAUGUGCAUAACGGCAGAGCUGAGGCUAUGCUUGAUCGUCUUCCAGCUCCGUCCAUGCCCAAGGCCAUUACCCAGACCCUACGCUUCCCCGAACUACGUGCCUUAUCUCUGGCACACCCAACACCUAAUGCUGCAAGCUGGACUUCUCUUCUCAACCUACUAGCACAUUUGCCGACACUCACUCAUCUCUCGCUUGCCCACUGGCCUAUACCGUGCCGGAAUCCACGUGCUGCCACUACUCGCGUUCGCGGCCCAAUGGCCCGCUUCUUGACCCCAGACGCCCUUGACGAUAACUGGGCCGAAGCUGCGAGUAUCCUUCGUCAGUUAUCUCGUUCGACCUACUGUCUGAAAUGGUUAGACCUCGAGGGCUGCGGCGAAUGGCUACCAGCUUUGAAAUGGGUUGGGAAAGACCCUGAUGGCUUUCCACAGAGCCCUAAUGCUAUUGGCCCAGAGUGGAACGGAUCUUGGAGAGAUGUGGAAUGGCUUGGGAUCGGCCCUGGCUUUCUGGAUUUGACGAAUUCUCACAGCUCGUCUCAUGUGCCGCCCCACGGAAUCCCUGCCUCGCAAAUACCCUCGUCAGAUUCUUCUAUCUAUGCAACUUACCUGGAAAAUGCACGUGCUGUACUGAGGCACAUUCGGCAGCUAAGGCGGGGGAGGAAAUGGCUCGAAAUCGAGCUCGGGUUAGGGCUGCAAGACCUUGAACACGAGAUAAUCAGAUUACCGGAUGGGCAGGGAUUAUCAGUCUACUUAUGA